UUAUAAUCCACCCAACUAUUUUCCUUGCUCCCCAAACAUAAAAAUAUUUCCUCUCAUUUCUCCCACACAACAAAUUACUAAAACUUCUUUCAACUACACAAAGGCAAAAAAAAAAAAAAAAAAAAAAAAAAAGAAGAAGAUCUCAGCACCCAUUUACCCAAAUAAAAUGAAGAUGAGAGUGUUAGCAGCCUGUGUGAUGGUAGGUUCUGCAACUGCCAUUUCUAGUUCCACAUCUUCAUUCAAUUUUCUAAUUUCUCGUAAUCAGGAUGGUAGUCAGAAGAAAAGGAAUGAAAAUUAUUCAACGCCACAGCAAGUGCAGCCAUCAUCAGAUAAAUUUGCGCCAAGAUUUGAUGGAUUAAGGUUUAUAGAAACACUAAUCACAGCUCACAGAUGAGCUGAAUUUUGAUGGAUUUGCUUAAUUAUUGAGUUUGGGAAGCCAAAACAAUUUGGACAUAUUGAUAGGAUAUAUAAUAGAAAUUGAGG